AUGGCAGACAAUGUUAUUCAUACCAUUCUCAAGGACGAAGCUCUUCAGAAGUACAUCUUAGAUACAAGUACAUAUCCAAGAGAGCAUGAGCAACUCAAGAAAAUCAGAGAAGUCACGUUCAACAAAUAUGGCAGCAAAGCGAUCAUGGGUGUGCCAGCAGAUGAAGGGCUGUUCUUGUCUAUGCUACUAAAAAUAAUGAAUGCAAAGAGGACAUUGGAGAUUGGUGUUUUUACUGGCUAUUCCCUUCUUACCACUGCCCUUGCUUUGCCUCAUGAUGGUCAGAUUAUAGCGAUAGACCCUGAUCGAGAAGCAUACGAGAUAGGAUUGCCAUUCAUUAAAAAGGCUGGUGUGGAGCACAAGAUCAACUUCAUUGAGUCAGAUGCCACUUCUGUCUUGAAUGAAAUGUUGAGCAAUAAUGAAAUGAUGUUCGACUUUGUGUUUGUUGAUGCUGACAAGCCCAACUACAUACGAUACCAUGAACAAGUAAUGAAACUGGUAAAGAUUGGAGGUGUGAUUGCAUAUGAUAACACUCUAUGGUACUCUACCGUUGCUUGCCAUGAAAAUGAAGUGACGGAUCAGCGUAUACGUGACAACCGGAAGGCCAUAAUCCACCUCAACAAUUUCCUGGUCUCCGACGCCAGAAUCGAAAUCUCCCAAGUUUCCAUUGGCGAUGGUGUCACCUUGUGCAGGCGUAUCGUCUAG